AUGGCGUUUCAGCUCUUUGCUUACUUGGUGGGUGAGCUGACCCAACCCCGAGCUGAAUUUCAAGAAAUCCAUCUGAAUCAAGGAUUAAUGAUGGAGAUGCUGCGUGCACUUAUGAUUCCUAACAAGCUUCAUCCCGAUGCUCCGCUGCCUCAAUUCCAGAUAUCCUGCCAGUCUGAGUCCGACUUGCUCAUACUCGUCAUUGACACAUUCUGUACUCCGAUGAUCGACGUCGCUAACGAGCUCGGCAUCCCUUACUACCUCUUCUUCCCGUCGUCGGCUUCUUACCUCGGCUUAUUGCUCCACCUCCCGACCCUUAACCAACAAAUCACCACCGAGUUUUAUGACUCGGGCACUGAGUAUAAGGAGACAAAGGGUAUUAUUCUUAAUACAUUUCAAGAACUCGAACCAUGGGCUCUUAACUCAUUUUUGGGUACUGACGUACCACCAGUUUACUCGGUUGGACCGUUGGUUGACAACUAUGGGUUGAACCGACUAGAUUCAGACCGGGCCCAAGAAGACAAGGUUUUGAACUGGCUUGAUCAUCAACCGCAGUCAUCGGUGGUUUUCUUCUAUUUUGGAAGCUUGGGUGGUAUAAGAGGGGCCCAACUGAGGGAGAUAGCAACCGGUCUAGAGCGAACCGAGCAAAGGUUUUUGUUAUCACUGCGCCAACCGGAGGCUUUCGAGUCACGUGACUACACUGAUCUAGAUGAGGUGUUGCCGAAUGGGUUUUUGGAAAGAACCGCUGAAACUGGUUUAAUUUGUUGGUGGGUCCCACACAUGGCAAUCCUGGCCCACAAGGCAAUCGGAGGGCUAGUUUCUUACUAUGGGUGGAACUCGUUUAUAGAGAGCUUAUGGUACGGUGUACCUAUUGCCACAUGGCCGAUUUUUGGACAAUAA